UGUUUUUCUAUUUAAAUGUCGAGUUCAGACUGUUUUAGCUGGCUAACGUUACCUGAACCAGCUGAUUCAAGAAUGCCUUUCCAUUUCUGCCCCCAGUGCGGGACAAAGUUGCAGCCUGGUUUCAGAUUUUGUCCAUCGUGUGGGGAGAAGCUUCCCUGUCUUGUUGAUGAAUCUGGACCUGGGAGCUCGGCUGCGUCUUCAAGUCUCUCUCCACCCAGAAGGGAUGAAGCAGCAGCGUCAUCAGUUAAAAUAAGCGUUGCUUCAAGCACAAUUUGUAAGCCCACGGAAAGUGAGGCUCAUACAUGUAUUAACACAACUCCAAUCACAACUCGUCCUGCACUGCGAAAGACCCGUAACUCCCUUCGUCUGGACAGGGAAGUUAAAUUCAACAUUAAAGAUGCUACUCCACCCGUGGUGCCCUCCACUUACCCUGCCGGAGAUGACCGGAUUGAGGAUAAUGGUGUUGGAUUGGUUGGAACGCCACCAAAGCAGCACACAAUCACUUUUAAACUCGACGCAGAGGUAGAGUCAGCUUUAGGGUCUUCCUCUUCUCCUCUUGUAAAAUCCCCUCGACCUGUCAGGGGAAAGGCAAAACUCUCCAGCCCUGCUGCAAAGCAGGUCGAAGAGGAAAAGAGGCAGACUGAUAAAACAAGUAGGAAAGCAGAGGAAUCAACGGCAGACAGCUCUCUUGUGACUGUCUCCUCCCCUGUUUCCUCACCAAUCUCCAAGUCUCCUUUUAAAGGUAAGAGCAAAGGCAAGAAGACAAAGCUUUGGUGCGCUGUGGAGCCGCUGCAGGAAGGUGAGGAGGUGACGGACACAACGGGCAAGAAGUGGAAGCUGGUGAAACUGCUCAGUCAGAGUGUGACAGAGCUCAUCUACGAAGUUUCACAAUCCAGUUCCAAGGAAUCAAAUCACAUCCUCAAACUGGGAGCUAAAGAUGGAAGAAUCUUCAAUGAGCAGAACUUUCUGCAGAGAGCUGCCAAACCUGCGUCUGUGGACAAGUGGAUCAAACAAAACAAGAUGGAUUUUCUGGGGAUCCCUUCCUGUGUUGGCUUUGGUCCUCAUGCGGAUUCUUACAGGUUUCUGAUUUUCCCCAGCAUGGGUCAGUCUCUCCGGUCUGUCAUGGAGGAAGAAGACGAGCUUCUGUCUGAGAAAGCUGUUCUUCAGCUCGCUUGUAGAAUAAUAGACGCGCUGCAGUAUAUCCAUUCAAACGAGUAUGUUCACGCCGAUAUUAAUGCAGAAAACAUUUACAUCAAACCAGGACAGAAAUCACAGAUAUACUUGGUAGGAUACUGCCAUGCCUUCAGGUACUGCCCAGGUGGACAACAUGUGGAGUACCGUGAAGCCAGCAGAACGCCACAUGAGGGCACCAUAGAGUUCAUCAGUCUGGACACACAUAAGGGAGCAGCUCCAUCUCGACGCAGUGACCUGCAGUCUCUGGGUUACUGCAUGCUGCGUUGGCACACGGGGACGCUGCCGUGGACCGCCCUCACUAACCCGGACCAGGUCGCCACACACAAACAGAGGUACAUGGAGGACGUUCCUGCGCUGUUGAGUCACUGCUUUGGAAAGAAGAGAGUUUCCAAUGCAUUUCAAACCUACCUGACUGCAGUGGCGGCUCUGCAGUACGCUGAGCAGCCGGACUACUCAGCGCUGAAGGCCGGACUGAGCGCCACUUUACUGCAGCUGGGGGGGUCUCCGGAGAAACCGCUCAGUUUUUAAAGAAAUGGAAGCAAAAGAAGACAAUUGAAAGCUGGACUGUUUUUUAGCUUGUUUGUAUCACACCGCUUGUUUUAUCUGUGAUGUUUUAUUGCACUGAAAGCAGAUUGUUGUCGAGUUCAGCGUGUGUGAAACACAUCAGGUUAAUGGGUUUUGAUUGGAUCAUCAUUUGAAGCAUUCAUGUCACUGUUGGGGGUUUUUAGCAUUUCAAAGGCAACUUGAAUGGGAGAGUGAUACAAGUUCACAAGUUUUGAUGCACAGAUUUGGGUGAUUUUAACACUUUGGUUAAAUGUGUCAGUGUUCUUCUACAUUUAAUCUAAUUUUAGGAAUUUUUAGUGGUUGCUUUUUCCAACUGUUUGUGUGUUUUUAAUGAAUUUACCUGUUUGGGGAUUAACACUGCAAAUACUUGGUCUUUCUCCUCUUUGACCUGAACUUACUACUGUACAUUUCCUUAAGAUGAGGAAAUGUUAAUUUUCCUGAAUAAAAUGGCUGUAUUUUGUAUUCAAAA